UGUUUUGACAUUUCCGGAGUGAUUUCGUAGUUUUUGUACAUGUUUUUAAAUCCACGAAAACAUUGCAUAAAUUAUAAAUUAAAUUAGCACAUUGCAGAACCAACAUGAGUUUCGAGACCAUGAUCAAGUUUCCCCCGUUGAAAAAUGACUUUAUCAUUCGUGCGGCAUGGGGUGAAACUCUUGACAGACUGCCCAUUUGGAUCAUGCGACAAGCCGGAAGAUAUUUGCCUGAAUUCCAAAAACUGCGUCAGGAACAUUCCUUUUUCGAAAUAUGUCAGAACCCCGAGCUGGCCAGUGAAGUGACAAUGAUGCCAAUCAGAAGGUUCGAUUUGGACGCCGCUAUUAUCUUCAGUGACAUCCUGGUCAUACCCCAGGCGUUGGGAAUGACUGUCGAAAUGAAGGCUGGUGUUGGGCCAGUUUUGCCUAAUCCGCUGACCCCAGACAACAUGGACCAAUUGACACCCGAAGGGGCUGUUUCAAGACUGAAGUAUGUUGGUGAUGCCAUAACUCUUACCAGAGUCCGACUGAAUGGGUCCGUUCCAUUGUUUGGAUUUAGUGGAGCUCCAUGGACCCUUAUGGGAUAUAUGAUUGAAGGAGGAGGAUCAAAGACUAUGAGCAAAGCCAAGAAAUGGUUAUAUGCAUAUCCGGAAUUAGCUCACAAGCUUUUAAAUAUGUUGACAUACGUGAUCUCAGAUUACCUGAUAAUGCAGGUACAAAGUGGGGCUCAAAUAAUUCAAGUGUUUGACAGCAGUGCUGAGUAUUUGAACAAAGAUUUAUACACAAAAUUUGGUUUACCCUAUUUGAAAACCAUUCUGAAACUGGUCAGAGAUGGAGUUUCCAGGUUAAAGUUGGAACAAGUUCCAAUGGUGAUCUUCGCAAAAGGAGCGCACUUUUGCCUAGAAGAAAUUUGUAACUUGGGUUACAACGUUGUUGGAACGGAUUGGUCAAUGGACCCCGAUUUCAUCACGUCUGUAGUUGGAAACAAGAACGUGACAAUUCAGGGCAAUUUGGAUCCCUGCGCCUUGUACGCACCAAAGGAGGAAUUGGCACAAAUUGUAACCAGAAUGCUGGAAAAAUUCAAGAACAAAAGGUACAUCGUUAACCUGGGACAUGGAAUUUAUCCAGAUGCACCAAUUGAAGCAGUACAGACUUUCAUUGAUGUCGUCCACAGUUUCAGAAUUUGAUUUUAAAUUUUGACCAUGGACUUUUAUAUUUGUGUUAUUGUUGUUCAUAGUUUAAAGUGUGUUAUUUCUAUAUUUUGAUAAUAAAAAAAUAAAAAAUACAAAA